CCUAGUGGUGCCCUAGGUGGCUGCCUGUUCUGCCAUGGCUAAGGACAGCCCUGGAUACCUGCAAGAAGAAGCAGCUACCUGGAAAAGCAGCAGGAGCAGCAGCAGAAUUUGAAGGUUGCCGUAGCAAUGAUCAACUGCCUUCCAGCAAGCUACUUUAGCAGCAGCAAUGAACAAGCAGUUAACCAACUUAGAUCUGGGAGAUAACGGCUGCAGAAUCCGCAACCCCCUGGGACAACAUUGACACCAGCUUUCCUGUGACAGAGCAGAAGUAUACCUUUCUAUAGAGGAAUCUGAGGGAUUGUGAAGAGAGUCUGUCAAGAAGAAGCCAAAUUAUGCUAAUCUACAUGAGGCAGUGAAAGCUGGUGAUGUACAACAACUUGCAUCAAUGGUAAAAAGUGGAGCCAGUAUUAAUGAGGUGGAUUUAGUCCAUAAAUUUACACCUUUGCACUGUGCAGCACACUCUGGAAGCCUGGAGUGUCUUCACUGGCUGCUCUGGCAUGGGGCUGAUAUAACAGCUUUAGCUAUAAGAGACUGGACAGCUGCUCACCUUGCUGCUAUCAGAGGUCAUGAUGCUUGUAUGCAGGCCCUUGUAAUGAAUGGAGUAAACUUAACAGCUCAAGAUGACCGAGGAUGCACUCCGUCACACCUAGCUGCAGCCCAUGGACAAUCCUACACUUUACAAACCAUCCUGCGGAGUGGAAUGGAUGCAAAUGUUUCAGAUAAGAAUGACUGGGAGCCAGUUCAUUAUGCUGCUUUUCAUGGCCGCCUGGGUUGUUUGCAGCUUCUUAUUAGAUGGGGAGCUACUAUAAAUGACGUGGAUAACAAUGGAAAUCUUCCAGCUCAUCUGGCAGCAAUGGAGGGCCACCUGCAUUGUUUUAAGUUCUUGGUUAGUAAAAUGGCCAGUGUGUCUCACACCUUGAAAGCCAGGAAUGACCAUGGAGAGACCCCAAAGGACUUGGCACAGAGGUUCUAUAAGGAUAAUAUUGUGCAGUACAUCGACAGUGUGGAACAUGAGAGAAAUCAUCCAGAAGAACAGGAAAAUUUAGCAUUUCCAGCCCAUGUGGCUGCCUUCAAAGGGGACUUGGUGAUGCUUAGAAGAUUAGUGGAAAGUGGAGUCAUCAAUAUUAAUGAACGGGAUGAAAAGGGAUCCACUCUCUUGCACAAAGCUGCUGGACAAGGCCACAUAAGCUGCUUGCAAUGGUUGAUUGAAAUGGGAGCUGAUUGUGACAUUACAAAUGAAGCUGGAGAGACUCCAAAGGAUGUAGCCAAGAGAUUUGCCCAGCUGGCAGCUGUGGAGCUUUUGAGACGGGCAAUGGGAGACGAUUCUGAUGAAGAAUUAGAUGACAACGAUGUGAGGUUUUUUGACAGACAUGGCGUGGAAGGGAGCACAGACACCACGGAAGAUUUAAUUCUGGAUGAAGAAAAAAAAAGAGACGCUCGCAUAAGAGCCUACCAAAAGAUUGAAGAACUUCGACAACUUCUAGAAAUUGCCUACAGCAACUACAAACAGCUGGGAGGAAUAACUGUAGAGGAGAGAAAGAAGAAGAAAGAAGAAAGGGAGGCUGAAAAGAUGAUUAGAGAGCUGGAGGCCCAGCUAGAAUACGAGCGAGUCCGUCGAGAGAAGCUGGAGCGUCAGCUGGAUGAAUACCGAGCAGAGACAAGCCACCUCAAAGAGUGUCUGGAGAAACUGCAGCUCACACCCACCAUCUCUGGAGUGAGUGUCUGCCCUCAGGAAGGUGAGGCUGCCUCUGAUUUAGGCAAAGAGAAAAAGAAAAUGAAGAAAAAGCCACCAGGCAGCCCAGGUGGAGUGUUUGUGAGACGAUACUGAGGCGUGAAUGGAGCGUUGCUGGUUUUUUUACAUCCAUCUUGUCAGACUGAGUGUUAGAGAAGGGCGAUCGCACAGGAAAUGCAGUGCUCUUUAACAGUGACAGGACUGGGACAUCUCAGACAAUAUUGCCAUGAGCUAAACUCAUGCCAAACAAGGGUUACCUUUUAUUCCUGUCCGAAAGUUCUCUAUAUAAGUCACAUUCUGAUAUUUCACUAGAGGGAGUGGAAAUGUUAUGUAAUAGCACUGGUAGAAGGCAAGCCUCAAGAUACUACAGAAGUGUGCAUAUAGUAUAUUUGCAGCUUAAUGUUGUAUACCACGUAUGGUUUCUGAUCCUUGUAGUUUUAACUAGCUAUGUACCGGGUUCUUUGCUUAAAGAUAAAUCUUAGUGUGGAGACACACUCCGUUUCUGAAAUGGUGAAUGAUUUUUUCCUUUCUGUACUGGCACAUGGUAGUGACUGGUUAGCUAGUCAUAGAGGGUAAAGUUUUCAAAAGCAUUUAAGUUCAGUUUUCAGAAGUGAGCUAGGCUCCUAAGUCCCCUUGACUUUCAAUGAAAAUUAGGCACUUGAGUGCCUAAAUCACUUUUGAAAAUUUUACCCAUAUUUUCAUCAUAUACUCAGAAGAUAGAGACUUAAGUACUUUUGCAGAGAGUUGCUCUAACUGAACCUCCAGACCAAGUAUUCUUGUUUAUCCGAACUCUUCCAUGUCCUUCACUAAGACAUGGACAUUGACAUCUUUCAUAUGUCACUUAUAUGAAAAUAAUUCAAAUGACAGAAGGAAAAGAGAUGGGGCAACUUAAGGACAAUAUAUACAUGCUACAAAUAUCUACUUGUGUAAAUAAUCAGGCUGUGCCAACUCCUCACAUGGUCAUCACUUAACAGCAAACUUCCUUAUGCUGAUUUCACUGCAUGAGGAAUAAGGUUUCAGUUAAAGGGGAACAAAGGAGUUGACAGUUUUACUAUCCAGACCACUCAGAACCAAAUUACAGCUAUGUAAAAAACACUGAUACCAACAAGACCAGAUCAGUCUGAGGAAGGAGAAUUUGGCCCUUAGUUGUGACUGUGCUGCAUUUGCAAUACUUUAUAACCUAAGUGUCACAUAAAGUAGCUAUACUUCCAAAUAAAUCAAAACAUUCAGAGAACAAUCCUGACUUUUGGCUGGUCUGUACAGAGGUAUUAAAUAAGCUCAGAUUUCACUCUACAAAUGAAUUAAAUUGUAGGAGGAAUAUGCUCAAAGAGGCUCUUCCUCACGAUCUCUUGUGAAAAUCCUCCCAUCAAACUGAACGGAAGGUUAGGGUGAUUUCCCUGCAUUCGAGGCAGUUCACUUUUCUGACUGAUCACCCGGGGUUGACAUUACUUUUCCUGAGGGGUCAUCAAAAUACUUUCAAAAGAGAAUUUUUUUUGCCUUUUGAACAUAUCAUAUUACAUCAAAGGGCAGGUAUUUUCCAAAUAUUUCCUGCAGCCCUCUAGCAACCCUACAACCUAUAGCCCCCUCACCGAAACUUAGUGUCCAGUUUUUGGCUUCUUAUACUAUUACUAAUAUACUUAGAAUAGUUUUCAGGAAUAUAUAAACCACACACACACAAGCACCCAGCAAAUCCAUUUAAUACUGCAGUGCUACCUCCUCCCAUAGUUACAGUUAGGAGAAAUCAGCUUUGUUUGAAUGGGAAAACAAAUGUAUAGGCUCCAGUCCCUAAUGUCUGAGGAUAUACUUGCCCUGGAUGCAAGGUUCAUCACAGCCUAAGGGGAAGUUUUGGGGAGAGGCCCUUGUGGCAUGUAGCAGCAGCAUGUCAGGAAAAUACACCAUAAAACAUGGGCCCCAAGCAUACAACUUGCUGCCCAAUGACUCAUGUUGGCUUCAACACUUUGCUGGAAUGGCCAUUUAUUUUGCAAAAGUAGGAUGAGCAGUGGAAAAAGACCUUUUAAAUUUAACUCAAGCCCUCCAUAUACAAAGAUUCUGCAGAAUCAAGGAAGAAAUAAGCCAAGAAGACAACUCUGAAAGCUCAUGGAAGCUGGUGAAUAAAAUAAAAGUUCUAUGACAGAAAACAUACAAUAAUCAGACAAAGUUCCAAACAGCUAAUGCUCCCUAGAUCCCAAUUUACCUCUGCUGCCAUUAAGCCCAAGCUUGCCAUCAGGCUGUUCUCAAAACUUACAUUAGUUUUAAUAAGAGUACUGCACAUGGAAAUGACAUAUUCCAUUCAACAAACCUAUACUCCCAGAGUAGGAAUAUACUCAAUUCCAUGCCAAUAGGGAAGACUAACACAUGAUUAUGAAGGGGGAAAACAAAGAAUUAAAUAAAAGUGUUGCUUUUCACGUGAGAAACAGUCACGUACGGGGGAGAAACGUUUAAGGAACAGGGGGUGGUGAUUGCUCUAUUUUGAGGAUUCUUUCGGUAAUAAAGAUUAUGGGCCAAUUUCAGAGAAGAGUCUAACUUGGAGUAACUUGCCCUUUCUUCCAGAUGCCUUAAAUUCAGAUUCCCUUAUGCCCAAUUCAGACAUGUAACUAUUUUUCCUUACAGUGUGUCUGUUUGGCAGAUACCAAAUCUUAAAGCUGAUUAGCCAUUACUGAGGAGCAGAUAAUAGCAGGGGGAAAUGCAACUCCUGGGUUCUACCUAUUGAGAGCAAAUGAAUCAUGAUCUGUGGAAGAGAACCGCAGAUGGCAUAUCUGGUGAUCACCACAGCCAUUUUUGGUGUCAAAUAUUUGUGUAGUAUUCAUCACUGCAAAGAACCCUAUAUGGAUCAGUUAGAGGUGGAUGCUGCAAAUGGAAUGGUUGAGGUACACUGGAAGAUGAAUACUAUCAAUAGGGGUCUACCAAAUUCACGGCCACGAAAAUCAAGUCAUGUAUCAUGAAAUCUGGUCUCUGGCUGCACAGUCUUAAGGGAGAGUGGAGAGCAGUGGCUGCUGGCCAGGCACCCAGCUCUGAAGGCAGUGCUGCCACCACCAGCAGCAGCACAGAAGU